GCCGCGGGAGGGGGCGGCAGCCACCGCACAGAGGCUCCUCCCACGGUGACCACACUGGCUGCUUUCCUUUCCUCUCGUGACAGGUGUUCGCUUGGUCUGUCCUGUCACAGCGAGGUAUGAAUCGUCCUCGCGAGAUUUGUCCCCAGGCAGAGCGAGGCCGAGGGUUGGCGUCCGGGGUUUCUCAGGAGCCAGUGCCCUAAGGCCUUGUUGUGUAUGAGGGGGAUGACCGGGAGGCAGAUUUGAGGAUGAGGUGCCUGGUGCACAGUGGCCUCCUGCCUGGCCCAGCACCAUGCACACGCUUGUGUUCCUGAGCACGCGGCAGGUACUCCAGUGCCAGCCAGCUGCCUGCCAGGCCCUGCCCCUGCUGCCGCGCGAGCUCUUCCCCCUGCUGUUUAAGGUGGCCUUCAUGGACAAGAAGACUGUUGUGCUGCGCGAGCUGGUGCACACGUGGCCCUUCCCACUGCUCAGCUUCCAGCAGCUGCUGCAGGAGUGUGCCCACUGCAGCCGGGCCCUGCUGCAGGAGCGGCCCAGCACAGAGAGCAUGCAGGCUGUGAUUCUGGGGCUCACAGCCCGGCUCCACAUCCCAGAGACCGAGGCCGGCACGCAGCCCCUCUGCAGGAAGCACGCACUGAGGGUGCUGGACAUGACGGGCCUCCUGGACGAUGGCGUGGAGCAGGACCCCGGCACCAUGAGCAUGUGGGACUGCACAGCAGCUGUGGCCCGCACAUGCAUCGCACAGCAGCAGGGCGGGACUUCGGAGCCCGGGCUGGCCCCUGUUCCUGUGGAGGUGCGUGUGGACCUGCGGGUGAACCGGGCCUCUUAUGCGUUCUUGCGGGAGGCGCUCCGCAGUAGCGUAGGCAGCCCACUGCGGCUCUGCUGCCGGGACCUGCGAGCUGAGGACCUGCCCAUGCGCAACACCGUGGCCCUGCUGCAGCUUCUAGACGCGGGCUGCCUGCGCCGCGUGGACCUGCGCUUCAACAACUUGGGGCUACGUGGCCUGUCCGUCAUCAUCCCACAUGUGGCCCGCUUCCAGCACCUGGCCAGCCUGCGGCUGCACUAUGUGCACGGGGACUCACGGCAGCCCUCCGUUGAUGGCGAGGACAACUUCCGAUACUUUCUGGCCCAGAUGGGUCGCUUCACCUGUCUUCGGGAGCUCAGCAUGGGCUCCUCUCUCCUCUCGGGGCGGCUGGACCAGCUGCUCAGCACCCUGCAGAGCCCCCUGGAGAGCCUGGAGUUGGCCUUCUGUGCCCUGCUGCCUGAGGACCUGCGCUUCCUGGCACGGAGUCCCCAUGCUGUCCACCUCAAGAAGUUGGACCUAAGUGGCAAUGACCUGUCUGGCAGCCAGCUGGAGCCCUUCCAGGGUCUGUUGCAGGCGGCAGCAGCCACGCUGCUGCAUCUCGAGCUGACUGAGUGCCAGCUCGCUGAUACCCAGCUACUGGCCACACUCCCUGUGCUGACCCGCUGUGCCAGCCUCCGCUACCUCGGUCUCUACGGCAACCCGCUGUCCAUGGUGGGCCUCAAGGAGCUCUUGCGGGACUCGGCGGCACAGGCUGAGCUGCGCACAGUGGUGCACCCCUUUCCUGUGGACUGCUACGAGGGUCUGCCCUGGCCUCCGCCUGCCUCUGUCCUGCUGGAGGCCUCCAUCAACGAGGAGAAGUUUGCCCGUGUGGAGGCUGAGUUGCACCAAUUGCUGGUGACCACAGGCCGUGCCCAUGUGCUCUGGACCACAGACAUCUAUGGGCGCCUAGCUGCAGACUACUUUAGCCUUUGACCUCUGAGCUCUGGGUGAGACAGGCUGUCCUGGGGUCCAGGGCUGCUGGAGGCUCCUCCCCCACUUGGGUAGGCAGAGCCUUUGCUAGGACCUUGCUGGAGACCUGA